UCGGACAUGCCAGCUUUAAAUGUGAGGUUGGAAUUAUUUUCCAUUUCGCCUUAGAAUUUCGUUUUAGAGAAAGAAGAGAGAAAAAAAAAAAAAAAUGGGUUCUCUUGGGAAGGAUGACAGAGAGGAAGUUAUACAGGCAUGGUACAUGGAUGACUCUGAUGAAGAUCAAAGGCUCCCACAUCACCGUGAUCCAAAGGAAUUUGUGUCCUUGGAAAAACUUGCCGAGCUUGGAGUUCUUAGUUGGAGAUUGGAUGCUGACAAUUAUGAAACAGAUGAAGAGUUGAAGAAAAUUCGUGAAGCUCGUGGAUAUUCUUACAUGGACUUCUGUGAGGUUUGCCCAGAAAAAAUGCCCAAUUAUGAGGAGAAGAUCAAGAACUUUUUUGAAGAACAUCUUCACACGGAUGAGGAGAUCCGCUAUUGUGUUGCGGGGAGCGGUUAUUUUGAUGUGCGUGAUCGCAACGAGGCUUGGAUUCGCAUCUGGGUGAAGAAAGGAGCUAUGAUUGUUCUGCCUGCAGGAAUAUAUCACCGCUUUACCCUAGAUUCAGACAACUAUAUUAAGGCAAUGCGGCUUUUUGUUGGUGAUCCCAUUUGGACUCCAUUCAAUCGCCCACAUGAUCAUCUACCUGCAAGGAAGCAGUAUGUGGACACUUUUGUGCAGAAGGACGCUGCUGGACAUGCAGUUGGGGCUGCAGCUUAAAACCGCCUUUUACAAAAUCUUGGAAACUAUUGUCUUUAAGCAUAAACUUAGCCGUAUGGAGUUGCCGAAUUUGUGUACCUUUGGUUGGACGUAUGGCUUGUGUGUUAUUAAAUAAAAUAAAUGUGUUUUGACUUAAAUCUGCCAUUUAUUAAAUACAGACUGCUAAAGUGUGCGCAUGGAACUUGUACUUUUAAUCUUGGAACAUGAAUUUAGCUUGUCAUAUGUGUGUAUCUUCCGUGACAAUGUAUGGAUUAAUUCAGUGGUUUCAUUAUCAUAUCUUUGUAAAAGUUU